AUGUCUUCAAACGACGAUGCAGUUGUACCUCGCUCACCAACGCCUUCGCCUCCUCCUUCGGACGAUACAGCCAUUGUCCCAGACAAUAGUUAUUAUACAUCAGAGCAGUCUGUCAAGUACAUCGAGCUACGCUAUUGUACAAGGGAGUGGCUGCACGCUAGUCGUAGAGAAGUAGCUGAUGCCGUUGGAAUCACCAUUGCCGCUGCUCUCCAAAUAGAGGCAGAAAUCUAUAAAACAAAUGAUCAAAUCAGGGCAGCACGCAUAGAACGUGGAGAAGAUCCAGAUGUAAGACACAGAGAUUGGUAUGAAGAUAAAUCGCAGAAAGGUGAAUACAAGCGUGGUUAUAGAGAUAACGCGAAAGGAACGUACCUGAUGGCAUCCGCCAAACGCCUCUCCCAUUCUGGAACUUCUGGCCCUUAUGCUUCCUUCCCUUUCACUUGCUCUUCUGCUGCCUGCUCUUCUUGUACAUCAAUCCUUGAUGAUGGCUUGUUUGUAAAGAGCCUUCACCUUGAGAAAAACUCUUCGAUCAGGUUCUAA